AUGGACCCGUGGAAUGAAGGAUAUGAAGCUUUGGAACUGCGCGAUCACGUUGCUAGUCACAUAAACCAGGUAGAUGAUCCAAUUCGCUUCGUCACCAAGGUCCAGAAGAUUAGGCGGCAGCGUCAGAAAGUCCAAGCUCUCCAGAUUCAGGCAAGAGACAAAGGGAGCAGGGUAAAACGUGCGCGAAAUCGACUACAAGAAGCCUUUCGCAGCUUCCUUGACGCAGGCGGAACAAUUCCUCCCCAAGGAAAUAGUCAUGACAGAGCGACGGCCAGCUUGCGAGAGAUGAAUGCGACUUUCCAAGAGCUGGAAGCCCGGGACAUUGACCUUGAUAUGGUAGAAUCGACUCUCGUUCCAGCAGAAUGGGAAUUGAAAGAUUCCGAGCAACAACUUUACGAGGACAUAUUAGGGCCGUCGGCUUCUGAUGGGAAUGACUCCGAGAUCAGCGUUCAAGCGAUCAAAAGGAUUCCCGAGACUCUCCAUGAUGGACCAAACCAGAAUUGCAAUAAUUUGCAGUCGCCGAAGCAUGAGCUAACUGGUCAAGAACGACUGUCUGCACCAGCCCGGAAAAGAGAGGGAAGUCAAGGAUAG